AUGCCAUCUGCUGGAUCGUCUCCAGAGCGCCAGGUUCUUUAUUACCAGGCUCCAAUGGACUCAAAUUUCCGCCGCCAGGAGCCCGGGAAAUCGCCGAUGGGAAUGGACCUGGUGCCCGUCUACGCUGAUCAGGCCAGUGCUGAUGGCGAAGGUGUAGUCAGCAUCUCACCGACCAUCGUCAACAACUUGGGCGUGCGCACAGCGCAAGUUCAACAAAGCGAAUUAUCUCGCGAAAUCCAAACCGUAGGCCGCAUCGGCUACAACGAAGACACACUGUAUGUGAUAGCAACUCGCGUUGAUGGUUGGAUCGAGCGCCUUGCCGUAAACGCUGCCGGCGACUCAGUGGCCAGGGGCGCGACGCUGCUGGAAUUAUAUUCACCCACGUUGGUAAGCGCUCAGCGGGAAUACCUGGCGGCGCUUAAAAGCACCAACAAAUUGUUGCAAAGUGCGUCCCGCGAACGCUUGGCAGCAUUGGGAGUUAGUACGGGCGAAAUUGACCGAUUGACUCGUGAGCGGAAGGUCAAACAACGUAUCCAAUUGUCAGCGCCCGCCAAGGGCAUAGUCACACGUCUGGCAGUUCGCGAGGGACAGUACGUUACUGCUGCCAGCGACAUCAUGUCGAUUGGCUCACUGGACCAAGUCUGGCUGCAUGCCGAAGUAUUGGAACGCCAGGCAGGCUGGGUGUCGGUGGGGCAGCGUGCUCAAGUUGAGCUUGAAUCCCUGCCGGGAAAAAUCAUUGAGGGUGAAGUCGAUUUUGUGUACCCGGAACUCGAUCCAACCACCCGCACGCUUACCGCGCGAAUUCGGCUUAACAACGAAUCCGGCACGCUGCGCCCCAAUAUGUUUGCCCGUGCAACCCUGCUGGCAAGCGAUAACGCCUCGGUAUUGCAUAUUCCCCGCCAGGCCGUGAUUCGUGGGGCCUCAACGGACCGCGUGGUCAUCAUGACCGACAACCACCGAUUUCGAUCUCAGCCGGUGACGCUCGGCAUAGAGUCUGGCGAACGCGUUGAGGUAACCCAUGGACUGUCCGUCAACGACCGCGUUGUUACCUCUGGCCAAUUUCUCAUUGACUCAGAAUCUAAUAUCAGCAGCGCACUCGGGAGAAUGACCUCUACUCCUGGCAACGGGGAACACCCCAUGGCACCCAGCAAAUCGAAUCGCUUAACCACGGAGCCCGGUCAAUGA